UGCUUCUUCUCCCUCACCAACACUCAUCUUCUUGCCACCUAACCACUCUCUACCUCUGCAAAAAUGUCUGUAGAAAACUUAGCUUCCGCUUUCUCUCUCCUCCCAACGGCAUCUUCCAUCCUGUCUGUACCCAUUUUCGUGUCCUUGGCUGUUUUCGUCUCCCUUUUCACCAUCUUCCUCUACCCAGGUGGUUUAGCAUGGGCUCUCUCCCCCUCAAAAUCCACCAAGGGCGGCCGGUCUGCCUCAGCAAUUCCUGGCCCGACUGGGCUUCCCUUUGUAGGUCUCGGUUACGCUUUUGCCUCUGAAACCACCCACAGGAUCUUAUCCAAGGUGGCCACUAGUCUUCAGGCGACACCACUCAUGGCGUUCUCCGUGGGAAUGACUCGCUUCAUCAUAGCAAGCGAGCCAGAGACAGCAAAGGAAAUUCUAAACAGUUCAGAAUUCGCCGACCGCCCCGUGAAAGAGUCAGCUUACGAGCUUCUCUUCCAUAGGGCAAUGGGGUUUGCACCCUUCGGCGAUUACUGGAGGAAUUUGAGAAGAAUCUCCGCCACCCACCUCUUCAGCCCACGAAGAAUCGCGUGUUUCGGUGGGUUCAGGGAGGAAAUUGGGAGGAAGAUGAUGGACGAAGUAAACUCAGAAAUGAGUAAAAACGGACAAGUUGAGAUUAAAAACGUGUUGCAUUUUGGAUCAUUAAACAAUGUGAUGAUGAGUGUUUUCGGUAAAAGUUACGAUUUCUUUGGCGGGAAAAAGAACGACGAAGCUGAGAAUCUUGAAGGUUUGGUGAAAGAAGGUUAUGAAUUGCUUGGGAUAUUCAACUGGGGUGACCAUUUUGCCCCUCUAAGAUGGUUGGAUUUACAAGGUGUUAGGAGGAGGUGCAAGUCCCUAGUUGAGAAGGUCAAUGUCUACGUUGGUAAUAUCAUCGAAGAGCACAGAACUUUAAGGAGAGAAAAAGUUGUUGGAGAUGAAGACUCUCAUGACUUUGUUGAUGUUCUUCUCGAUUUGGAAGAUGGUGAAAACAAACUUUCUGAUUCCGACAUGAUUGCUCUUCUUUGGGAGAUGAUCUUCAGAGGAACUGAUACAGUAGCAAUCCUGUUAGAAUGGACACUAGCAAGAAUGGUAGUGCACCCAGACAUCCAAGCCAAAGCACAAGCUGAAAUCGACUCAGUCGUCGGAGCCAACAAGCAAGUCACCGACUCAGACCUCUCAAAACUUCCAUACCUGACUGCCAUAAUCAAAGAAACCCUCAGAGUCCACCCACCCGGCCCACUCCUCUCAUGGGCUCGUCUCUCAAUCCACGACACCCACGUCGGGCCCCACUUCGUCCCAGCCGGAACCACAGCAAUGGUGAACAUGUGGGCCAUAACCCAUGACGAGAAGAUCUGGUCUAACCCCAACGAGUUCAACCCCGAGAGGUUCAUAGAGGAGGAUGUACCCAUCAUGGGUUCAGACCUCAGACUCGCUCCCUUCGGUGCAGGAAGGCGUGUAUGUCCCGGUAAAGCUAUGGGGAUGGCGACAGUCCAGCUUUGGUUAGCUCAAAUGUUACAGAAUUUCAAGUGGGUUCCUUCAACUGAGCAAGGUGUGGACUUGACUGAGUGUCUUAAGCUGUCUAUGGAGAUGAAGAAGUCUCUGGUUUGCAAAGCUGUUCCUAGGAUUACUGCUUAAUUAAUCAAACUUAGUACCAGAUUAGUGGGUUGUUAUGUCCAGGUUCGAGUCUAAUAGUAGUCUUUAUAAUGAGUCCUUUAUAGUAGUUUAUAAGUGGUAAUUAAGUGAUGGUUUCUCCAUGAUUUUGCAACCUUAUAUGGGGAAAUAGGCAUAUUAGUUGUCUUAAGAAAGCUGGGACUGUAAGAUUGUACUAUGUGAUCGUCGAAAAAACACUAAAGUAAAAGUAAUGAAAAUGUUCCUUUGUUAGUAGUAA